UGUCCCGCAGGGCGAUGACCACACCGGCAGGAUCUGGCACAGGCUUCGGUUCCGUGUCCUGGUGGGGUCUGUCCCCGGCUCUGGACCUGCAGGCUGAGAGUCCUCUGGUGGAGCUAGACUCGCAAGAAGUAACAGAGCACGGGGUACCUGAGCUCGAUGUCUUACUGCUGGGCUCUGUGGAUGGGCGGCACCUGCUGCGGACCCUGGCCCGGGCUGCACACUGGCCCCCCAGGAAGCUCAAUUUCCACGUGCUGGAGAAUAACUUGGAAGCGGUGGCCCGGCACCUGCUGCUCUUCAGCCUAGCCCUAGAAGAACCCGAGAAGAUGGGGCUGCAAGAGAGGAGUGAGACCUUCCUGGAGGUGUGGGGCAACGCGCUCCUGCGCGCCCCGGUGGCCGUCUACGUCCGCGCCCAGGCCGAGCGCCUGGCCAACCUGGUCCCCGAGCCCGACCGCCUGGCUGAGCAGCUGCCCUGGUUGGGCCUCAGCGCCCUCAAGUUCCGUGAGAGGGACGCUCUGGAGGCUGCGCUGCGCUUCUGGGCAGGCGAGGAGAAGGGACCCCAGGCCUUCCCCAUGAGCCGCCUCUGGGACUCGCGGGUGCGCCAUUACCUGGGCUCCCGCUACGACGCCCGCCGCGGCGUCAGCGACUGGGACCUGCACAUGAAGCUGCACGACCGCGGGGCGCGGGUCAUCCACACCCGGGAGUUCCGGCGUUGGAGGGACACUGGUGUUGCCUUUGAGCUCAGAGACUCCAGCUCCUACCACGUGCCCAACCGGACCCUGGCAUCCGGGCGCCUUCUGAGCCACCGUGGGGAGCGGGUAGCGGCACGCGGGUACUGGGGAGACAUCGCCACGGGGCCCUUCGUGGCCUUCGGCAUCGAAGCAGAUGACUCGAGCCUCCUGCAGACCAGUAACGGGCAGCCAGUCAAGCCUGUUGUCUGGUCCCUAAGGGGUGGGAGUGUCUCUCUACCUGCCAGGCUGAGCGCCCUACACUGUGCCAAGGCCUCGCUGAGACAGACCAUGGGCUGGGGCUUCGUGGUGGCCGCUAAUCUCAUUGUCGCCAGUGCACCCCCCGCCCAAGGGUCCUUUACUGUCCACUUCCUGUCCCUCGGUUCUGCCCAGACCCUCCACCACAAGAGCUGCUACAAGGGACGAUUCCAGAUGCUCUACGUGGCCUGUGGGAUGGCCCACCUCCUGAGCCCUGAGCUCGCGGCCUGCGUGGCCCCCGAAGGGCGCCUGACUGUGGAGUCAGCUCGGUGA